AUGGACGGUGCUACACUGCUAGUAGUAGCAAAAGGAAAACUGAACAGUCACGUGGUUCGAUUUUAUUCCAAUGAAUCCAAUCCUUUGCACUUCAAAUUCCAAUCGUUGGUUAGCUGUCCUGCAGAUGUUCCGCUUGAAUUGAGAUUAGCCUACGAUUCAACCUUUGCACAACCGGCACUGCGCAUUGAAGUUACUCCGCUCCCAGGCACGCCUACCGACCUCAACAGUCCUCUCUACUGCACGGCACUUGCACUCCUUGACACACUCCACCGUUAUUUAUGGGGAGCACUCACCCAUUACCAGAAAUGCGUACAGCAUGACAUCCUUAUACAGAAUCCAAACGCGAGGCAAAGCUCAAGGAAACACUCUCAGUCUGCAGCGCAUCUUCCAGCGCUUUACGACACCCUUCUCCAGCAGAACCUCCUACGCAUCGUUGAGCCGUACUCGGUAGUAGAAAUUGAGUACGUUGCCAAGCUUGAGGAGUACAUCGAAAAGAUCCACUAUUCUGAUCCCUACUCCCUACAACUAUCCGCCGCCGUCCCACGUCGCUCUAUGGCUCAAACCUCACACUCAAAACACUCCUCGCAAAUCGCAAAACUCCAAUGUGUGAUCGACUCAGCUGAAGGCGGUGUUUUGGCCUCAUUUUGCCCCCAGAUCGACAUCAAGAAUGUUUGGGAGUUUGAGGAGCGUCAGUUGAAAGUCACCGAGGAGGAGAGUCAGGCGCGACUUAGAUUUGAUCAGCAGGUUGCGAGGCUGACGCGCCAAGGAGCAAUUGAAGCUGACACUUUCCUUCUCGCGGAUGCGCACCUCCCCCACAAAUUCCCCAUGCAACCCGACCACCCCGUAUCCCUAUAUGCCUUUGGCACCACCUCACCCUCUAAUGUCUCGCCAUGCACCACGUCCUCCACCUAUGCCCAUUCCGCAAUUCGUUUCAAAGCCUUCCAAUAUUCAACCGUCAUCCAGGAACAAUCACAAUUCCAGGAACAAUCACAAUCACAAUCACACUCAAGUUCAGUCCCACAGACACGGGAAUCACCAACAUUCCCAUUCGACAUCUGCCGUGCCUCAGACCAUUCGGCGCACCACCUCGCAGCAGCUUCGUUUCGCGCCACCCACCCAGCUUUCAAACCAUUCAUUUCACCGCACAAGCAGUUCACAAAACCUGCACUUUCUGAAUCAGCCUCCGACCCAUUCACUUCAACGCGCACCCAGUUCGCAAAACCUCCACCACUCACAUUCUUCACAACAUCUUUGUUCGCAAACACGUCACGCAGGUCCCUCUGGUAA